GGUGCAGGGGGCGAGCGGCGGCGGGAGGUGGGGCUACACGGCGCUGCACGCCGCCGCCGAGAGCGGAGCCGCCGAGGCGGCCUCCGCGCUGCUCGAGGCCGCCCCGGCGGCUCGCGCCGCCGCGGCGCUGGCGCGGGCCGACUCCUUCGGGCGCCCGCCGGUGGUGGUGGCCGCGCAGGCCCGCCACGGCCACGUGGAGCUGGUCGAGACGAUGCUCGACGCUGGAGCGAGCGUGCACCAGCUCGACCGCGACGGGCGCACCGCCUUCGACUGGGCAGUGCUCAGGGGCCACGGGCCGCUGGCCGAGCUGCUGCUCGCCCGCGGCGCCGCGCCCGCCGGGCGCGAUCGGUGGGGGCGCGGCCCCGCGCACCACGCGGCGGCCAACGGCCACGAGGAGCUGCUGAGGUCUGUCCUCACCCUGCGCGCCGACCCUGGCGCGGCGGACUCCGCGCGGCAGGC